AUGAAUGACGGAAUUUCAAGCUCAACAGCCUCUUCGAUUGACGAAAAAACAAACUCAUCGGAUUCGGCAGCCUCUACCAAAGGUCUUGAGCUUUCACCAGUCACCCUUAAGCAGGAAUCAGGAGUUCGACAAAUCCUUCUUGCACACAACUCCAUUCUUGAUGCACUGUCGAAUGGAAACCCUGUUUUUAUUAAUGUCGAUCCAACCCUCCUUUUCAAGAAUAUUGAAAAGAACCUGUGUCACAACUGCUUGACUUUCCCAUCACCUGGACUAGAGAGUCUCUUUUCAAAAUCACCAUAUGCACUACUACUGCUUCAAAUGAAAUUUGUCGAAUUGACCAAAGAGAUUGGAGAGAUUCUCAACGAAGAUUGGAUCACCUAG